AUGAUAUAUGUGGACUUACUUAAAAGGUAUAUUUACCCUCAAACAGGCACAGUUUCGGCAGAAAAAGUGCACGAAUUAAAGGUCAGAUAUCCCUAUCCACAAACAGGCACAGUCUCUGUAGAAAGAUUGAAUGAAUUAAAUAAACGGUAUAUUUACCCACAAACAGGCACGGUUUCUGCAGAGAAAGUGCACGAAUUACUUAAAAGGUAUAUUUACCCUCAAACAGGCACAGUUUCGGCAGAAAAAGUGCACGAAUUAAAGGUCAGAUAUCCCUAUCCACAAACAGGCACAGUCUCUGUAGAAAGAUUAAAUGAAUUAAAUAAACGGUAUAUUUACCCACAAACAGGCACGGUUUCUGCAGAGAAAGUGCACGAAUUUGCAAAAAGAUUCUUCCUUGAUAGACUCGCCCAACGUCUUCUCGAUCUUGAAAACUAAGCUGAUCUGUUGAGCCAUUUUUCAUCACCCCAGAUUUUUACACAUUUAUUAUGUUUAUAUUAACUUUUUGGAUAUAUUGCAAAAAGAUUCACAUGGUGUAAAAUGUUUCUAUCAGUAUCUUUUGAAUCAUUAAAAUUUGAAUAUACUAAACGAAGUUACAGCGCAGACAGUGACGGAAAUCAGAACAUUGUUCACCUGCAUGAAAGAUAUCGACUUCAAUGUUGGCAACUAUGAACUUUUAAUA